GCGGCGCAGCCCCGGAGCGAGCUUAGCACGGGCGCCACUGCCGCAGGAGGCGCGAGGGGACAAAGGCAUUCAGAUGGCAGAAAACAGUCUUUCAGAUGGAGGCCCUGCAGAUUCUGUGGAAGCUACUAAAAAUGCCAGUAAUACAGAAAAACUCACAGACCAGGUGAUGCAGAACCCACAAGUGCUGGCAGCUUUGCAGGAACGUCUCGACAACGUCUCUCACACUCCUUCUAGCUACAUAGAAACUUUACCCAAAGCUGUCAAAAGGAGAAUUAACGCUCUGAAGCAGCUCCAGGUGAGGUGUGCGCACAUAGAAGCUAAGUUUUAUGAGGAAGUUCAUGACCUGGAGAGGAAGUAUGCAGCCCUGUACCAGCCUCUGUUUGACAAGAGAAGAGAAUUCAUCACUGGUGACGUGGAGCCCACAGAUGCAGAGUCAGCAUGGCACAGUGAGAACGAGGAGGAUGACAAGUUGGCUGGAGAUAUGAAGAAUAAAGUAGUCAUAGCUGAGAAAGAAGAAGCGGCAGUGGAAGAGCUGAACCCCAAAGGCAUCCCUGAGUUCUGGUUUACCAUUUUCAGAAAUGUGGACAUGCUUAGCGAGCUGGUGCAGGAAUAUGAUGAACCGAUCUUGAAACACCUGCAGGAUAUUAAAGUGAAGUUUUCAGACCCUGGGCAGCCUAUGUCUUUUGUGCUAGAGUUUCACUUUGAACCCAACGACUACUUCACCAAUCCUGUCCUGACGAAAACAUACAAGAUGAAAUCAGAGCCAGACAAGGCCGACCCGUUUUCAUUUGAAGGUCCUGAAAUUGUGGACUGUGAUGGGUGUACAAUAGACUGGAAGAAAGGAAAAAAUGUCACAGUCAAAACCAUCAAGAAAAAGCAGAAACACAAGGGCCGGGGCACCGUGCGAACCAUCACCAAGCAAGUGCCCAAUGAGUCUUUCUUCAACUUCUUCAGCCCCCUGAAAGCCUCUGGAGAUGGAGAAUCACUGGAUGAAGAUUCCGAGUUCACCUUAGCCUCUGACUUUGAAAUUGGGCAUUUUUUCCGUGAGCGCAUCGUGCCACGGGCUGUCCUCUACUUCACUGGGGAGGCCAUAGAGGAUGAUGACAAUUUUGAAGAAGGCGAGGAGGGCGAAGAGGAGGAAUUGGAAGGUGACGAGGAGGGAGAAGAUGAGGAUGAUGCUGAUGUUAACCCCAAGAAAGAACCCAGCCAACCAGCGGAGUGCAAGCAGCAGUGAGAAGCAGCGACCCUGUGGGGCUGCCUUGUGGACGGCUGUCAGGACCCCAGGCCGCAGGCAGGGGCCUCAGUCCCUGCCGAAGCAGAAUUUUGUUGACAGUGCUGUGACAUCUAACCAUUUCCAAGUGCAUGUUCCCUCUUCCCCCUUCCCUUCUUACUUUGCUUAACUUGUACAGUGGAGACUGGGCUGCAGUUCAGAAUAGGAGAUUUAGUUGUAGCACCUGUAGCCUUGGUCCCUGAAGACCAUGUGGCCUGGGCUGGGCUGGGGUUGUGCCUGGGAUUGGCAGACCCUAGUGAUUCUGUGCACAUAGCCCUCCCCUACUGAAGAGGUCCCAUGGUUUUCCAGCCGCUGAAUUGUGUGGGAAGCUGCUCCAGCUGCUGUACCUAGCCAUCUCCCAAGCACUGUAGAGGAGGCUGUGCUCGCCUUAGAGCAUUUUGUUUUCUUCGUUUUGGUUUUAGGGGUGGGUGGGUUGUGGCACACACCUCUGAGGCCAGAGCUGUCGGGUUCAUCCUUGUACUUAUUUAUUCACUCAUGCUUGGGGGGGGGAGGGGCUUUGAACUUUACUGUCCUCCCACUUAUGAGACCACGUUGCUGACUUGAUCAGAAGGAUGUGACAAGUGGAGUGAGGCCUGUGGAGGAAGCCCUGCUGCUUCCUGCCACCAACUGUUCUGUGCCAUGCAGACUACCUGUUACUGUCCCACUGGAGGGUGCCAGGCUGUAGCCAGGGUGCAGGGAAUCUCCGGCCUGUACAGCACAGCUUCAGCUUGUACUGUGCAUACCAGGCCUACACCUGGGUUUGGUGACCAGUUUGUGGUUGGUGUGUGUGGGUUAUCCGAGUGUGUGGUUGGGGGUCUCUGGUAGCCGGGACAGGCAUGUCCACAGUGACCAGCCAUGUAGAGUGUGCUCAGCCUUACCCAAUAACACAUUUGUAACUGAAUACGGUGUUUUCAAUUUGUACAGAAUAGUUAGAAUAUUCUAUUAAAGUUGUGAAACACAAAA